AGCGCAUCCGACACCAAACAAACAAACGAACGAAUAUGGCGACACGACAACCGCAACAGAAACAGCAGCCGCCGCGCCGCCCGCGGUCAAGGGUGGAGCGUGUGACAUGCCCUGUCCACAAGCACGCUCCCGUUGUGGAGGACUACAGAGCAGGCGACAUGGUCUGCAGUGAAUGCGGACUCGUCGUUGGAGACAGGGUGGUUGAUGUGGGUUCAGAGUGGCGUUCAUUUGGAAACAGCGACAAGAAGAAAGACAACAAAGACCGCAGCCGUGUCGGUUUGGAAGAAGAUGUCCUGCUGGAAGGCGAUCAGGGCCUCACCAUCUCCGCCAUUCCAAACUGCCCAAAUGCUGACGUGCCGUGGAUGCGAUGGCAAAGCCGCAUGGGGCCGAGCGGGUCCACGCGCACGCUCAAGAGCGUCUAUGGAAAGAUUGCCAACCUCGCAUCCAAGCUCAGCUUGACAGACCAAGUCGUGACGACAGCCAAGGCCAUCUUCAAGGAGGUGGAGGAGACGGGCGCUGUCAAGACGCGCAGCCACGAUUCGUGCGCCGCCGCCUCCGUCUACAUUGCCUGCCGCAACCUCGGCGUCUCCCGCCCAUACAAAGAAAUCUGUCGCGCUGCCGACAAGACGCCAAAGGAGAUUGGACGCGUGUACAGGAAGAUUAGAAGCGCAAUUAAGACCGCCGUCAAGUCAAGCAACCCGGCAGAGAACCUUGGACGCUAUAUCUCGCGCUUGGGCCUCGAAUUUGUCGUCCGCAAGGCCGCCACAUACAUCUUGGAGAUUGGCGGGAAGCUCAGUGUGCUUGAGGGCCGUCAGCCAACAACAAAAGCGGCCGCUGCUCUUCUCCUUGCCAUCAACGCCCUCGGCUUUAGCGCAGAGGCCCCGCUCCCAGCUGUUUCCCGCGCGACGGCGGUGAGCGAGAGCGCAAUCAAGGACGCAUACAAGGAGCUGUAUCCCUUCCGCCAAUAUCUCUUUCCAGCAGAGCUCAAGUCAAAAGUCAACUUCGCUGACUGUCCAAACUUUGGACCGGGCGCUAACGAAGAAACAGGCAGACGACAGAUCACCAAGCUUCAGCUUCAGCCCACGAUUGUGGAAACACAGGCCACGGCUGCUGCCAACAAAUACGAACAGGCGAUGGCAGCAUCGUGAUGUUGUCGUGCUGUGUUGCAUUCUCCCCUUUGCUCUGCCCAUCUUGUCACGUGCUCAGUGUCACACUACCCCACGCGUGAUUCAAUCACGCUUUGCUUCAAAUGUUGUAAUGUAAUCGAUUGCUUUCCACCUUUCGUGUCAGCUGUUCAAGAUUAAAACAUUCAGUUUGGCUGUACAUCCCCAGACAAAGACCGCCGC